GAUUUUAUUCACGUUGUUUUACAAUUAAUUCAACUAAAAUGUUUACAAUUGUCUCAGUUGAUUACAUUUGAGCAAAACGGCGUCUGACCCAGUCUUUUUACUUUGUCAGCAACAUUUGAAAAUCACAGGCAGUCGCAGAAAUGUCUUAGAAUAACAAGUCAUGCUACUUACCAAUAAUCCAAUCGGACUUCUAUCCAAAUCGAUAGCUCCCUCCUAAUACUACUCAAAAUAAGUAUUUCUCCACCCCAUGUUGACGUAUGUACCGCGGCUCGCACUGCACCACAACUCCACCAUCCAGUUCCGGUUCCACACCGCAUCAUCAGCAGCACUUCGAGCUACAGCAACGACGGCGGGAAGAAGUUGUCAUCGUCGAUUCACUACCUAUUCUGCGCCGAUUACGAUCGGAAUUGGUUACAAUCGGAAUUUGACGGAAACGACACAAAUGGAUUUGUAACUGGAAAGAGGACCAGCGGUACCUGAAGAGCUCGGCGUCGCGGGAUUUUAGCCACUAUGGCCGGCCUCGGAAACCAGGCCAUGAACAAGCCUGCGUCCGGAAAACAUGGCAACGUACUGCCCCUGUGGGGCAACGAGAAGACUAUGAACCUCAACCCCAUGAUUCUCACCAACGUUCUGUCCUCGCCCUAUUUCAAAGUUCAGCUGUAUGAACUUAAAACGUACCACGAAGUUGUGGACGAAAUCUAUUUCAAGGUGACUCACGUUGAGCCAUGGGAGAAAGGAAGCAGAAAGACUGCAGGUCAGACUGGAAUGUGCGGAGGGGUUCGCGGCGUCGGGACCGGAGGCAUCGUUUCGACAGCCUUCUGUUUACUAUACAAACUGUUUACACUCAAGCUGACACGCAAGCAGCUGAUGGGCCUGAUCACACACACGGACUCUCCCUACAUCCGAGCGCUUGGCUUCAUGUACAUACGAUACACGCAGCCCCCAGCUGAUUUAAUAGACUGGUAUGACGGCUUCAUGGAUGAUGAGGAGGAGCUGGACGUGAAAGCGGGCGGCGGGUGCGUGAUGACUGUCGGCGAGAUGCUUCGCUCAUUCCUCACCAAGCUGGAAUGGUUCUCCACUCUGUUUCCCCGCAUCCCCGUGCCCGUGCAGAAGAGCAUCGACCAGCAGAUGAAGAGCCGGCCUCGGAAAGUGCCGCAGAAGGAGCCGCAGGAGGAGGAGGAGGCUUUCGAAGAAAGCGGCAGACAAGGGGAACGCCGGCGCUCCAGGAGCCCCAGGCGGACACCGAGCCCCAGACGCUCUCCGAAGCGAUCGAGGAGCCGGAGUCACCACCGCGAGCGGGACCGCCACGGCCCCAGCUACGACCGCGAGCUGGAAAGGGAGCGUGAACGUCAGCGGAAAGAGAGGGACGCUAGGGAGCGCGACAGGGAGAGGAGACGAUCCCGCAGCGCCGAACGAAACCACCAAGAGCGGCGCGAGCGCCGAAGAAGCCGUAGCGGCAGCAGGGACAAAAGGAGCGAGCGCAAAGACAAGGAGCGCGACGGAGGCGACGACAGGAACAAGAGGAAGGAGCGGGACCACCACAGAGAGCGCCCGGCCGAGAGGGACAGGUCCAGGGAGAGGAAGAGCGACGACAGGAGGCACAAAGACGAAAGGGAGAGGCACCGAGACGAGAGAAAGGCCAAGAAGCUCAGCCGGAGUCGGAGCAGGGAGAGGCGGCACAAGAGCGCCGGCGACGACAAGAGCAGAAAGCGGGAUAGCAGCCACGGCAGGGAGAAGGAACGCGACGGAGAACAGCGCUCGCACAAACGCAGCCGCAGCAGAGAGAGGAGUCAUCACCAGAGGGAGGCCAGCACCGACCACAGCAAACACGCCGAUCGCAGACGGAGUCCAAGCGUCGAGUAAAUGUUGUUUUUUUGCCUUUUUCACGUUCUAGCAGGCCGUCGUUAGUCUCGACAUUGGAAAAGCGGCAUUUUCAUUUUCUACGGUUCAUUGUUUCGGCCCCUGGAAGAUUUGGUUUUUUUUUGUAUAUAUCAAACGUCUCAGACUACAGAUCGGUCACAUUCAUUUAUGUGGUUGAAACUGUCAGGUUCAGCCGAUGUCGAGCCACUUACGAUUGAUUUAAAAUAAUAUGUCAAUGUACUUCAAGAAGGAGAAAGCGUUUCGGUCCCUGAUUGUCUGUAGACCACCUGAGAAUGUUUUAAUUCCUUCAAGUAGAGUCCGCAAAGGGUUCAACAGAUCCCACACUGAAACCCCUGUUUAUCAUGUGUCUGGGUUGUUGCUCUUGCAUUUUGUUUUCUAAUAAAACUUUUAUGAAGAAUGAACUUGUUGUGCGUGUCUGGAUAAAAUGUAAUGGAAUGUGGCACAAUGUGAUUCUUCCCCACCCCCCAUUUGAACUUUCUGAUAAUUACGACUAGCGCUGUAACGA